CCCGCCGGAGAGGAAGCUCCACCUCCCGGCUCCAGCAGCCGGCCGCCUCUCUCCUCCUCUCCCCGGCUCUGCUCCGUCCCUGUGGCCUCGCUAGGCGUCCGAGCUUCCUGCGUGACAACAAAAGUGCAGACUCUCUGUUCUCGACGGAGGGAUGGAUCCGCGCUUUCACCGCUAACGGAGGGAGAGAUUUACUCAUUUAUAAACACUGGAUUAGCCCUACUUGUUUGCGGCAUGAGCCAUGAGCCAAAGUCACCAUCGUUAGGAAUGAUCUCCACGGCGACCCGUACCACGGCGACGGUCAGCCCCCUCACCCCGUCGCCUCUCAACGGCUCCAUCGUAGCCAAUGGAAGCCCCGCCGCCCAGUCUGCACACUCUGGAUUUGCUGCAGCCCUACGUAAACUGGCCAAACAGGCUGAAGAACCCCGAGCUGCAUCCUCCAUCAGCAGUGAGUCCUCUCCAGUGUCCUCCCCUGCCACCAACCACAGCUCUCCAGUCAGUACACCCAAGAGGGGUCCCCUUGGUCAAGGGCCUGUCCUGGUCCCCCCCGCCGGCCACAGCGUGCCAAACACCCCGCCUGUAGUCACCAUUGCUCCAACAAAGACUAGCAACGGCCUCUGGAGGAGCGAGGGACGCCAGGCUGACUCGGUGCCUCGCGGGGCCAGCAGGGAGCGUCUGGGUGCUGAGGGGAACCACCCACAGGAAAAGGGUGGCCCUUCAGUCCCUGCCCACCUCCUAGGAAACCCCUAUGCCUUUGGUCUCAGCCCCGGUGCGGUCAUGCAGGAUUCACGUUUCCAGCCCCUCAAUAUGGCCAGACAGAUGUCUAACGCAGUGCCCCCUGGUCAUGUACCAGAAGAGUACCUCCGUGGUUUCCGGCCCUAUGCCACAACUGAGGAUGCCCUCCGCAUGCCCUCUUUGCCCAUGGGUCUGGACCCCGCCGCCGCAGCUGCCUACUACCACCCCAGCUACCUGCCCCACCCCUCUUUCACGCCAUACAGAGUUCUUUAUCGGAGUGACAACCCAGUGGUCAUACACAGAAAACACCAGCAGCAGAAAAUGAUGGACGACCCGUUCUGUCUCUCUGCUAUGAGGUCACCUUUCUAUCAGCUGCCAGGAGGGGGAGCUCUCCCUCCCAUGCAUCCCUCCGUUCACAUGCACCUCCAAGGAGUGCGCUACCCUGGAGACUUCACUCACCCCUCUCUGUCGGCACUGCAGUCUGAGAGGCAUCAGCUGGAGGAUGAGCUACGGCAGAGAGAGAGGGAGCGGGAGCGAGACCGAGAACGCGAAAAAGAGAGAGAGCGUGAGGCGGAAAGAGAAAAAGAACGGGAGAGAGAGCGAGAAAGGGAGAGAGAACGGGAAAAGGAGCUGGAGAGGGAGAGAGAACGGGAGCGAGAAAGAGAGCGUGAGAGAGACAGGGAGAGGGAGAGAGAAAGAGAGAAGGAAAUGGAGAGGCAGAACGAGAGAGCGCUGAGGGAGAAGGAGCUGCAGGCCUCCAAGGCCAUGGAGAGCCACUACCUGGCCGAGCUCCACGCCAUGAGGGGGCAGGAGGACCGGACCAAGCCCGAGAGACUCACCCCUAACCGGGCUGAUAAAACCAAAGAGCCCGCCCCUCCAGGUCCCAAACCUGUCCCACCAGGACUCCACCCUUCAAUGGUCCAAUCACAUCAUCCCAUCCCAGGUCUGAUCCCAGGCCACGGCCUCUUCCUGGGGGCCGGCGCUGUGGGGACUGCGCUCUCAGCCUCAAUGUUAGCUCAGAGAGCCAAUGAGGAGGAGAGGUGGCUGGCACGGCAACGUAAGCUGCGGCAGGAGAAGGAGGACCGUCAGUACCAGGUGUCUGAAUUCCGCCAGCAGGUUCUGGAGCAGCACCUGGACAUAGGACGGCCCGGAGAUGUACUAGACCACAGGACAGACUCACACAGAUCCAUACCAAAUCACCAUGAACCAGGAAGCCGGGACCUCCACCCUCACUUAGGCGCCCCUCCACCCCUCAUCUCCCCCAAACCUCCCCAGCCACCACGUGAACACCACCCUCCCACCACCCUGUGGAACCCUGCCUCUCUUAUAGACACCGCCUCAGAGUCCAGACGGAACCACGAGCCCUCAGGGAUGGGACACUACGAGCUCAGUCGGCUUCCCCCCGGGCACGCAAAAUAUGAGGACGGAGCGCGAAGGAGAGAAGGGGGAGUGAUGGAGAAGUACCCCCCACUGAGAGGUCCUCCGGGCCUGCCGGAACCCAGCACAUUCCUUGCUGAUCUGGAGAAAUCCACCCAGUCCUUUUUUAGCCAGCAGAGGGCAACCCUGUCCCUGCCCAGCCAAUAUGAAAUGGAGGGAGGUAUGAAGAGCAAUGCUGGACUGAAGAGCCUCCAGGGACACCCGGGGCACAGCAGACAUGGACAAGGGCUAGGAAUCCCCCCCGGGACAGGCAUGGGACAGGUAGCCAAUGUGGGGACGGGCCCAGAGACAAUGCUGAUCUAUGACGAAUACCUCCAGCAGCACCGGAGGCCUGUCAGCAAGUUAGACAUGGAGGAGAAGAGGAGAAAGGAGGCCAGGGAAAAAGGUUACUACUACGAGCUGGAUGACUCGUAUGACGAGAGUGAUGAAGAGGAGGUGAGAGCCCAUCUUAGGAGAGUAGCAGAGCAGCCGCCACUCAAACUGGAGGACUCCUCAGAGAAACUAGACUUCCUGGGAGUGUUUGGCCUGACCACAGUGGGCCGGCGCGAUGAGCUGGUGCAGCAGAAGAGGAGAAAAAGGAGGAGGAGGCUCAGGGAGCGCAGCCCCUCACCAUCUUGCUCGCAACCGAAACGCACUCCUCCGCCGGCGCCCCAACUCAGCACACGCUUCACCCCGGAGGACAUGAACCGAGCACCAGAGCUGGAGGAUAAGAAGCGAUUCCUCACCACGUUCAGUCUGUCCCACGUCACUGUACAGCAGAGGAGAGAUUCUGCAUUCGCCCAGCCUCCCUCUGAAUCAGAAGGCCAACACAGUGUCAGACCGCAGAGCCCCUCCUCAUAUCGCCCAGCGUCCCCCAAUGGUCACCCAAAACCCCUUGGGGAGACAUUAAGACCAAAGGAACCCCCUUCUCCAGCUGUCUACCCUGACAAGGCCCGGGGGCCCGGUGAGGGGCCGGUCUCUAAGAGGAGCUCCAGCCUGCUGAACAGCUUGCGCCCCCCCCUUCCCCUGCAGGCUAAAGAGGGUCCUCACAGCGUCAACGGGCGCACCAAACCCUGGGACAGCUUUACCCCGGAGGAAUUUGCCCAGCAGUUCCACGAGUCUGUGCUUCAGUCCACUCAGAAGGCUCUGCAGAAACAUAAAGGUGGAGCCGCGGGGAUGUCGGAGUCGUCCCACCUGCAGGAGUCCUCGGUCCACUACAACAUUCCGGAGCUUCAGAGCGCUCCUGGACGGCCACCGCAGCAUUCACAAUCUCAGUCCAACGCACAUCCAUUUCCCCACCCGCUCUCACACGCUCACCCUCAGCCCAACGGGCAGCACUUCUCUGCAGGCCUCCACCGGGAGGCCUCGGGGGCGAGGGAGGACCUGUCGGGUCCAGAGGACUCUGAGGAGGACCAGGAGGAGGAGGAAGAGGAGGCUCCCGCUUCCAAGUGGCAGGGGAUUGAGUCCAUAUUUGAAGCUUAUCAGGAAUAUGUUGAAGAGCAAGGUUUGGAGCGACACGUGUUGCAGAGCCAGUGUCGAAGACUAGAAGCUCAGAACUACAACCUCAGCCUGACCGCUGAGCAGCUAUCUCAUAACAUGGGGGAGCUGAUGUCCCAGAGGCAGAAGCUGGCAGUGGAAAGGGAGAAGCUCCAAGCCGAGCUGGAGCACUUCAGGAAGUGUUUGACGCUGCCACAGACACACUGGCCGAGAGGCGGCCAUUACAAGGGCUACCCUCCCAGGUGACCCCGACCCGCCGCCCUGAUGGCCCCCCGCCAUCCCCCUUCAGACUGAUACCCAGAGUUUAUUUUUCAUGGCCUGAUCCACAUGGUUCCAAGGAGGAGAAUAAGACUGGCUGGAUAAGAUGAAUGAAUGAAUGAAUUGAGUGAAUGGAUGAGUGGUGGAUGAAUGCACAGCAGACAGGACAGUGAAGGACAGUCUUUGGACGGUGGCCAGGGACUGUGCCACUACCGUGUGCCAAUGUAGCCAACCCAGAGAGCAUGGGCCAGGAGCACCUGAAGAUCACCCAUAAUGCACCUGCUUGUCACUCUUCAGCCCCCUGCUGCUCUAUUGUUCAGUCCCUGCAUCCCUCCCGCCACAGCUACACAGACAAUCCUGCCAAUGAGGGGCCGCGGCCCCAGGGGGGGGUGUCGUCCAGAGACUCGAACGCUUCGAAGGCUUCUGGCCAGUCGGGACUGAUCUUAUCACAGUGGCCACAUGAGCUUUUGAACUGGAAAUGCACUUAAGAAUAAAAGCUGAAGAACUACCUGGUGGUACUGUGUUACAACAAAGAACUGUUGGAAUUAGGGAAGAACUUAGAGAAUGCACAUUUUUUGGAAAGAAUUAAGGAAAUGUUUUAUUUCGAAAUAGAAAAUUUGAGAAUAAGAAUUCUAAAAGGUGCUUCAGCCUUGUAUUGUAUAUAAUAUGAAGACUUAAAAGAAUUUUGUAUGUUUUUAUUACUUUAAUCAUUGUUCUUUUAAAGAAAAAAAGCCUGCCAUUUUUAUAUGUUUAUGCUUUUUUGGGUUGGAAAAGAAAGCCUUGCUUUUAGUGUUUGUACUGCUGCUGGCCAGAACAGCUCAUUUUGAGACAUUUAACAGUGAGAGAGAACAGGAUAUAUUCCUCCUCUCACUCUCUCCUCACCCAACCACAGCAUCCGAGCUCACUGAGGUCCUGAGAAAUGGCACCCACCUUCUCACCCCUCCCUUCACAGCAACAUGUCAUUCUGUUUUAACACCCAGCAUCCACUCCUCUGCUCAGCGUCACUGCUGCUGGCAGGACUAGUUAGCUAAUGAUGUUCUCAUACUGAAACCAGAUGAAACCCACAGCGACACUUUUCUUUUUUUACUUUGGUCACUUGACAUACUUGAUUUUGUAAAGACAUGAAGAGUCUCUUAAGCAGCCAGCUGAUGAAACUGGUUAUUAUUGCUUUAUCCUACCGUUGGACCUUUCACUCCACUCUGACAUUAUAUUGCAUUAGACUCCAACAAUAUCACGGUUUGCAUAAUGUUUUGCCUUACAAGCCCUUAUCAGCAGCCAUGAGAGGACAUGGUGCCAACAUUAAAUAAACUGAAUCAUUUUGGAUUGUUAAUUUGUAUUUGAGUUGCAAUAAGGUAGCCAAACGUUCAAAACAGAAUGGCCAUCUUCCUCUGCAGUUGCCAACACAUUUUGAAAAAAGCCUUGAAAUCACACUAGAAUAAAACUUGUCCCCAUGUUCAACCUGCCCACAGUUCAUCCCCGGAUUCAGCCAAACGGUUUUCUGACUUCCUCCCCAAUUAACAGGGGCAUUGAUCAUUGUUUUGAUUUAAAAGGCUGCACAAGCUAUUGUGGUGGGAAAGUUGGUGUCAGAAUGGGGGCAUUCAAUACUUCAAAGUAAAUCUUGAUUCGCUUUUUCAAAUGUGCAAAAUAACUCAUUUAUAAAGACAAAAGCACAGCCACCCCUACAUACAGCAUAUUAAAUACAAGUGCCUCAAGAAGUUGGGAGCAUGUGAAUGAGUUGCAGUCCACAUGAUGUUAAUUCUACACAUAACACCAGAGAUCAGGGACUUUACAUUGAAGUGUCAACUGUACGUCUCACACCUUUCAAAUGUGCAUGCCAAGAACAAACACAGAAUCUUAACGCAUCUCCGAGAAUCCAAUCAUGACACCUUUUAUAAAUGAGGCCCAUGCCAUUCGAGGGGAUCAGGUUGAUACAGAAUGUAGUCUGUCAUUUUUACAGAGCAGAAGAGGCACGCUGAGGAGAGCUGCCAACGACCCCCACCCCGUCUCCAGCCCACGCACGCCCAUGCAAUAGCCCCAUUACUCAGUGGAGGAUGUCUAGAUGCUGUGAAAUCCUGUUUUUAAAAUGUACUUGUUUGAAUUCAUUGUAAUGUAAUAUAUUCUUUGUUGAAUGUAGUAAUUAGGUAUUUAUGAAUAUAUGGCUGUGAUUUCAGACAAAAAAGAAAUAAAAUAUUUCCAAAAUGUUAAA